UCGAAUAUUUUUGUAUAAAAAAUGUGAUUGACGGUGAUUAUUUCGAGGAGAAGGCUUUUCAAGAAGGUCCUUUAUCAAAAGAAUUAUUGCCUAUUUUUGAUAGAGAUGAUAGAAAUAUAAGAAAAUGGUUGAAUCCGUAUAAUCUGAAUUAUAAAAAUAAUUUGUUGAGGGUGUUCGGACCAAAUUGGUACAAUUGGUUGCUGCCGUAUUAUACAGGGCUGGAUGACGGGUACGUCUUUCCUAAAAAUGGGUUGUACGAAGUAUAAGGAUAAAUAAAUAUAUAAAUAUAUUUUGAUUUAAAGAUUAGAACAAAACAAUAAAUUGCCAAAAAUGAAGAAAUUAAAAUGAAUUUAUCACAAACAAACAAUUCAAAUAUUUAUGAAAAUAAUAUAAAAUAUUAUAUUUAUUCAAGUACUGAAAAAUAUACUUACAGAAAUAAAAUAUACUACACUUUAAAUAAAAUACAAUAUAAAAAUAUACUACACUUUAUUAGAAUAUAAAAGAGAAUAAGUAAAUAUGAAGGGACGCCACGCCCUGCCUGUCCGAUUGUUCUACUCUGCACUGUCAGUCACUUACCCUGUCAUAACAAUUUAUUCAUAUUUCGUAUUUGUAGGGAAAUAUUGCAUACAGGCCCAGGCAUUCGACAGAGUGUUAAUAUUGUUAUACUUUCUUAUCUUUCAUUUAUUUCUUAUAUUCAAUCUGAUAUUUUAUAUGAGAAUAUUAGGAAUCGAUGACACCUCCACUGCUAAUAGAUUCAAAGGAAAAGGGGUGGAUAAAAAAUAUUUGGAAAAAACGUUCUUUAAUCCUUUUAUCUAUCAGGAAAUAGAGUCAAAAAAAAGAAAAAUGUUAAAAAAAUGUGAUUGUUGUCAGACUUAUAAACCACCAAGGGCCCAUCAUUGCACGAUCUGUAAAAAAUGUUUCUUAAAAUUUGAUCAUCAUUGCAUAUUUUUAGGUGUUUGUAUUGCUUUUUAUAAUUAUAAGUUCUUUUAUUUAUUUUUGGUUACUUCUAUUAUUUAUGAUGUUUUUGUUAUAACAUUGCUAAUGAUAACAUUGGUGGGUGAUCCUUCUUUAAAUACCAAUCCCAAGGUGCAUUUUAUCAUAGCUAUAUCUUUAUUAGCAAUGGUACUGGUAUUUUGUGUACCAAAACUUAUAAAACACUCUUUUACCAUUUCAAGAAAUGAAACAACCACUGAGUCAAUAGCAUUGGAUGCAUUUUAUGAGGGUGAUCAAGGAUUUGUGUAUAUUUUUCAAGAAGGGCUGUUGGUCACACAAGAGGAGGUAUUCGACAGACCGGUGAUGAAUCCUUAUAAUUUAGGAUUGACGGAUAAUUGGUUGCAAAUAUUCGGUAAUGAAUGGACAACCUGGCUGUUGCCUAUCAGUACAACACCUGGGGAUGGAAUAAACUUUCCAAAGAGGUAAAUAGGUUUAUAAAGAAAAAUGAUGAAUAAAUAGACAUAAAGUGUGGAAACUGUAUAUUUUUUUGUUCAAAAUAUUUGAAUUCAGUUCAUUGAUUUUCAUUUAAUUUCAUUAAAUUCAAAUUAUUUUCGAAAUAACUGUGAUGAAACAUUUGUUGUAAAAUUGAAAUAUACAUUUUUGAAAUAUAAAUUUUUGAAAAAUUGUGGUUUCAUUCGUUUUAUUUUAUAUAAUCGAAUUAGAAGCAAAUCUGUGGAGAAUGUACUUCAAUUAGAUUAUAAAGAAUUUGCCUUUUUUUAAAUAUUUAAAACAGAACAGUUUUACAAUUUUUCUGGAGAUUUUGAGAAAAGUUGAAUUUGAAAAGUAUGAUAUUUUCAAACAAAAAUUACAACAGAACGAAUAAUUUUCUUUCAAAUGUUAUAAAUUUAUCUCUCAAAUGUGUUUUAAAUUGGAUAAAUA